AUGUCAAAUCUACCAAAGAAAAUCGACAAAAUUAAUGUACGGGUAGCCGUCAGAGUUAGGCCGAUGAGUGAUACUGAGAGGGCAGAUAAUGCUACGUCUAUUGUAAAAGUUGAAGAGAAGAAAAUGAAGGUUGCGUGCAAAUUGAAGACCUUUUCUGCUUUUGAUAAGGUUUAUGGACCAUCAACCACACAAGAGCGGGUUUAUGCGGAAAUGGUCUCUCCUCAAGUCGAGCGUGUUCUUGCUGGCUAUAAUUGCACCCUUUUCGCAUAUGGGCAAACUGGAACUGGAAAGACGUAUACUAUGGAAGGUGGUUCUGGUGAAAGAGGUUCAUAUAAAGAUGAUCCGACUACUGGUAUCAUCCCGAGAGCAGUCGAGCACAUUUUUGAAGAACUGGAGAAAUCGAAUACUGAUGAAUACAGUGUUCGAGUCAGUUAUCUCGAGCUUUAUAACGAAGAAUUGUAUGACCUGCUAGCACCGACAUCGGAUGAUCGUGAACGACUGAGGAUAUUUGAUGAUCCAUCGAAAAAGGGGAUGGUUGUGAUAUCUGGCGCUGAGGAAAUACCUGUGAAGAAUCGUGGUGAGGUGUAUCGACUUCUGAAGACAGGUGCAGAGAAGCGAAUGACAGCAGCUACUUUGAUGAAUAUGAAUUCUAGCCGUUCGCAUUCAAUAUUCACCGUGAAUGUUGUUGUUAGAGAAAAUACUGUAAAUGGAGAGGAGCUCGUUAAGCAGGGGAAGUUGAAUCUCGUAGAUCUGGCUGGAUCUGAACACAUUGGAAGAUCCGGCGCUGAAGGGAAGAGAGCGAAAGAAGCAGGUAACAUCAAUCAGUCUCUCCUGACUCUGGGAAGAGUCAUAACGGCACUAACAACAUCAGCUCCCCAUGUUCCAUACAGAGAGUCUAAACUCACACGUCUUCUCCAGGACAGUUUAGGUGGGGCAACAAUAACAUCUAUUAUCGCAACGCUCUCACCUGCCUCCACGAAUUACGAGGAAACAAUAUCCACACUUGAAUAUGCGGCAAGAGCAAAAUCCAUCAGAAACCACCCCGAAUGCAAUCAGAAGCUUUCUAGAAAGGCUUUGCUCAAGGAAUAUAACGAAGAAAUAGAACAGCUUCGACGAGACCUGCGUUCUGCCCGUGAGAAGAAUGGAAUAUUCCUUAGUCAGGAAAGCUACCAAGGUAUGGAAAAAGAAAUUGCUGAAAAGACGGAGCUGUUAACCGAGUUGGAAGGACAACUUGAUGGAGCGAUUGGAAAACUUCAGAAGUUCAUUGAGGAUCAAGAAAUCAUGGAUGAGCAAUACCGGCAACUUUACCACCGUAACAAGAGAUUAGAGUCUAAGUUGGAGCAACGGGUUAAUGAGCUGGACGAGACCAAGAAGGAUUUGGCUAAAACCACAGGUCUUCUUAAUUCAACUAAAGGCGCACUUGACCAAGUGCACAAUAUUGCAAAAAAGUUAUCUGAAACGUUGAAAGAGACAAGACACGUAGUUUAUGAUCAGCAAUUUGAAAUGGAGGAUUGGUGGAAUAAGGAAGAAUUGCUUCUUCAGUUGAAUUCACAGAACAGGCAACUUGCAGUUGCUACUCGUUGCAAGGUUAUUCCUACAAUUAACAACUGUUGUGAGGCGUUAUCUGGACAUCUUUCUACAAGUGCGGAUCUUCGCAACGAAAUAAACAAGCAAAUUGAGACCGAUUUGUCGGAAGCGAGCGGUUAUCUCGACCAGGCUGAAGUGGACCUUCGUAGAGCUGAUAGUACAUUCCAAAGAAAAAUUGCUGAAGUGGAGAAUCAAUGCCAGUCAGCUGUUUCAAGAACAGUUGGUUACUGUGAUGAGUUUGACGUGGUAAUGAAAGAGAAUAUGAACACCGCCAUUUCAAUGACGGAAGAGAUCUCACAGUUGUCAGCGAACAUGAAAAAUGAAGCUGCAAAUUUAUCGAAAAUAUUCGAAGAACUGAGAAAGGAGUCCCAAUCCAUGUUGACGCGAAGACGAGAAAUGAUAGAAGAAGAUCGUUCCCAUCGGGCAGUUAAUGUCCCUGCAUUGCGAAAACAACAAGAGAGGACAUCUAAAAUAGUUGAAUUGGCGCAUGCGAUCGUCACCGAAUGUAAUCAGUACCAACAAGAAAACUGCAGCAUCUUGGAUGCGAUGGAAUCUCACGAUCAAGACGUGUUUGAGAAGAACAUAACAGACCUGGAGACAUGGGAAUCUGCCUUCCAAGGCCUAGAAGACGUAGCUAUGGAAGCUCUUAGUGCUAUGAACGAAACCAAUUCCAGAACAGCUGAUCUUAGUAGUUCAAGGAAAUUUUCCAUCCCUUGCGUUCUCAAAGAGACUGCUUCUACUGCCUCUCAACUCAACAAAAGUGUUAAGAAAGAAACUGACACGUUCAUGGCAGGGAUACAAUCCCUAAACAAGUCUAGUUACGAUGAUGUCAAGAAUUUUAUGAUUUCUAUUGGACAGUAUUGUAAUGAACUCAGGAAUCUUACUUGUGAGACCGAAAAUAAACGAUUGGUUACCCAGAAAGAAGAGGCAAAUCGGGAGCAGAAUAUAGUACAAACUGUGAGAGAUCACCUUGGAAAUAUCAACGAGUAUGUAACAUCCAUGACAGAUGAGCACUGGCUUCAUCCUCAAAGUUCAGGUAAAACACCAAAGAAAGUCCAUCGUCAAGUAGCCAGCGACGAUGAUAUACCUCGAGUUCCAAAGAUGAGGAAAAUCCUAGAAUCUAAUGGUUUUUAUACGGAGACACCUCGAAAAUCGUCGUUCCGUACACGGGAAUCACUUCUGGAGGUGCAAAACAUCUGUCUAUCACCCGAUACGCUAGCCGCAAAUAGAAAGGCUCGCUUGGAGGACAUUUCAGAGGAGAGCGGCAAUACAACCACUACUAAUCGAUCCAGCGAGAAAUCCAAAUUUGACUUAGAAAACUGA